AUGUCUGAGACUCAGCUGGAAAAAUGCUGUGAAUGCAUCAUCAACGUUUUCCACCAAUACUCGAUUCGAGUGGAUCAUUUCGAUAUGCUCAGCAAGGGAGAGCUGAAGAAGCUGAUUGAGCAGCAGCUGCCCAACUUCCUGAAGAACAAGAAGGACCAGCAGACUAUAGACCGCAUAUUCGAGGAACUUGAUAAGAACAAGGAUCAACAACUCAGUUUUGAUGAAUUCAUCAACUUCCUUACAAGAGUGUUGAUUGCUACCCAUGAACACAUCCACCAGAAAGAGGAGCAGGGUCAAGGCCAAGGCCAAGGCCAAGGCCAAGGCCAUGGUCACAGCCACUAA